UGCCAGUGUGACGUAUUAUCUAAUGGACGGGACAUUCCUUCAACAACAACAGCUAGUCAGACACCUCGGUAGCGUUUUAGCAAACAUAGCUAACACUUUCACGCUCUUUACACUGUUUUGUUAUAUAUUAGUCGCUGUGUAUUAAUCACAAUUCUGUUGUAUGUACUUGUUGGGCCAUUUAAUUAUAUAUUUACGUUGUUUGUCAGCUAGCUGGUUUGCUAAGUUAGCUUAGAACUAGGCUAGUCGCUAAUGCUAACUAGCUAACAUCCCCGACCAUGAGUUCACUAAGCUACUCUCCUGAUAAAGAAGAGGUCUGCUGGACGGAGAAAGACACCCUCGUCAAAGAGGAGGCCGAAGAGGAGGCUGUUACAAUACAAAAACAAGUAGAGGGUGAGGCUGUUACCGUGAAAGAAGAAGAGAAAGACGUUUCAGUGAAAGAAGAGGAAGACGCGUUCAGAGUGAAAGAGGAAGAGGAUGAUACAGUAAAAGAAGAGAAAGAGGAGGAUUCCGUUUUUGGAGUGAAAGAGGAGGAGGGGGAGAUGACUGUCACAUUGGAGGAAGAAAAGGAGGUUGGAGAUCUGUUUAACACCAGAGAUAGAACUGACUACCAUGGGUCCUCUGAGGAGCCUCAACAACCUCAUGAUGCUGACAAGGCAGAGAAGAGUCUCUCCACAUCAGAACACCUCAAGAAACACGAGCAGAGAUCGACAGGGAAUAAAUCUCACUGCUGCUCUGACUGUGGGAAGAGAUUCACCUCCUCAGCAGGCAUUAAAAUUCAUCAGAGAAUCCACACAGGAGAGAAACCUUUUACCUGUACUCAAUGUGGGAAAAGUUUUACAACAUCUGGCCAUCUGACUCUACACCAGAGAACACACACAGGAGAGAAACCUUAUAGCUGUGGUCAAUGUGGGAAGAGUUUUUCCUCAUCUAGCAGUCUCACUCAACACCAGAGAAUACACACAGGAGAGAAACCUUAUAGCUGUGGUCAAUGUGGGAAGAGUUUUGGUCAAUCUGGUGAUCUGACAGUGCACCAGAGAAUACAUACAGGACAGAAACCUUAUAGCUGUGAUCAAUGUGCCAAAAGUUUUGUUGGAUCUGGUCUGCUGACAUUACACCAGAGAACACACACAGGAGAGAAACCUUAUAGCUGUAAUCAAUGUGAGAAGAGUUUUAAUACAUCUGGCCAUCUUGUUGUACACCAAAGAACACACACGGGAGAGAAACCUUACAGCUGUGAUCAAUGUGGGAAGAGUUUUACUCAGCUAAGCAACCUGAUAUCACACCAGAGAACACACACUGGAGAUAAAUCUUAUAGCUGUGAUCAAUGUGGGAAGAGUUUUACUCAGCCAAGCAACCUGACACGACACCAGAGAACACACACGGGAGAGAAACCAUAUAGCUGUGAUCAAUGUGGGAAGUUUUUUUUUACAUCUAGCCAUCUGAAGAUACACCAGAGAACACACACAGGAGAGAAACCGUAUAACUGUGAUCAAUGUGGGAAGAGUUUUGUUACUUCUGGCCAGCUGACAUUACACCAGAGAACACACACGGGAGAGAAACCUUAUAGCUGUGAUCAAUGUGGGAAGAGUUUUACUACAUCUAGCAAUCUGACUAUACACCAGAGAACACACACAGGGGUUAAAGGUUAUAGCUGUGACCAGAGAUAAUCUGAUUAAAGAUUUCUGAUCAAAUAUUAGAAAAUACAUACAUGAAGGAGUUGUUUAAUGAUUUCAAUGAAUUAACGUCACAAUUUAGAAAGUUUUUUUACAUUGUAGAAGGAGUAUUUUAAUGAUGUCACAAUGUAGAACCCUAAACGUUUGUAAGUCGCUCUGGAUAAGAGCGUCUGCUAAAUGACUUAAAUGUAAAAUGUAAAUGUUUGCCCCCUGUUCUAUUGAUUUCAGCAUGAUAUGGAUAUUAGCCCCAGGGGAUAAUUCUAGGCUCUGAAUUGAAAGAGUACUAUUUAUAUGAUUUAACAAAAAUUGACUAACAAAAAAAGAACUGUGUUGGUGACCCACUGGAAUCAAAAUGCAACACUUCAAAAUGUAGUGAUGUACACAUCAUUCCCAGAUUCCGUGUGGGUUUUGAGCUGUUAGUUUUAACAGGACGUGCAACCUCAUCUCUCUCCUCUGGCACAAUUGAUUUCAACAUGAUAUCGAGGAGUUAUGACAAAUAAGUGUUGUGCUCCUUUGUUUAGCGACCCCUACAUUUAAAUGCAUCACUCCAAAAUGUAGCUGACUGUCUUCUGCAGGUUGUCCUCUAACCAGUGAGGUAAAAUAUAUCUCCCAUUUCCAUGUUUUUCUUUGUUGUGUUAGUUUCAACAGCACAUACAACCUGAUUUCCCCCCUUAUCGAUAAGUGAUUAUUGCUACUUGUCAAUACAACAGCGUUUUUGGUGCUUGUGCAGUAAAGGAGCUUGUUUAAAUAAAUACAAGAAAUAUGAUUAUUGUGGCAGAUGUUUGUGUAUAUAGCACAUGUUAUAUUUAGGUUUUCAAUGUAUCCCAAACUGUUUCUGCAUAUUGGUUAUUGAUUUGGACUGUGUUUUGACAGUGGCCUCUCCCAUCUAGCAAAAUGUUAUUGAAAAGAUGUUGAAAAUAUGACUAUGCAACCAAAUAUUUCAUAUUUACAUUUCAUGUAACAUUUAGUAGUGAUAUUUAUUCAUGCAACCAACUGACAGUUUUUUGGGUACAAUUAUAUUGACAUUGUUUCCCUGCUUUUAGAAUAUCAGGGUUAUUUCUCACAUGUGCCAACCCAAAUGUACUAGAGCAUGACAUUGGGGACUGGGCCCCGAUCCAACAACAUGCCUAUCCAGUGAACCCUGAAAAAAGAGAGAAGCUCCGCAGUGAGGUGGAAAGUUACCACGGAUAAUGCAGGAGUUUCCCACAUGUCUGUCGUAAGGACAAUUUGGUUUCUGAUUGUCUCAAGGGUGGGCAGUCAAAAAGUUUUGCGUUUAGCCAGGGAGUUGCCAUGGAUUACAAUGUAUUUUGACUGCACGUUUUUCCGUAUUUGGAGAUGAUUUUUGUUUGGGCUCGUUCCGAGGGGGCGAGAGUUCUAGAAGCUAGUGAGUUUUAGGAAGACGAGAGUUCUGGAAACUUGAGUUUUUCAAAAAAUUAAGAUGGUAGACAAAUAUAUAUAUUUAGAAAUGUGUUUUUUCCUGUUUUUAAUUGUUGACAGUCAGUGGACACCAUGUUUAUAUUGGUGAAGGUAAAGCAUUGUAGUUGAUUUAUAAUGUGAAAUGCAAGUUGUUUUCUGUUGGUGGUGAGCAAACUUGUCCAACAAAAACAUAGGAUAUUUUUGUUGUCUUAAUAAAGGGGAAGGUGUUACAGGCUUUGGUUUUACCAUUUAUGUUUUAAUGUUGGACUUUAGCUCGUGAGCCCGAAACGUUUGUUAGCACGAAGGACGCACUGAUUGGCGUCACCUCGUUAGUCAGUAUGUGUUACACCUGUGCUGGCUUGUCCAUCUCGUUAGUGGGAAGGUGUUUCACCUGAGCUGGUCCAGGUUUUAUUUAAGAGUGUCUGGCCCAGUGCUUCAGUUGUCUUGAUAGAUGUGGAGAGUCAACACCUUCAGUUGCUCCACCUUUUUGGUUUGCUUCCUGUCUUUAAGUUUGUUAGUAUAGUUUUUCUUUUUGUUUGCCUCUUCCUGGGAUGAUUUAGUGGGUCUCAUUGUGGGUGUCUUUUAGGUCCCAAUUGUUGUUACUAGUCAAUUUUCAGUGGACACCCUCAUAGUGUCUUUCAGAACCCCUCCAAAAACAAGCUUAUAUUUUGGGUUGGAUAUUGCAUACGAUUAAUAUUUUAAUCAAUGGAAUUUCCUUAGGGUGCUCGUUAUUCUUCUGUUGUGUACUAAAUAUGUUUUUGUUUUCAUUGUGUUACAUUCAUGCCUGAAAUGUGCUAUAUAAAUAAAGCUUGAUUUGAUUCCAACA